AUGGCAGGCGGCCCGGCCUCCCUCCUGGGGGGCCUGGUCGCCCUGCUGGCGCUCCGGCCGCUGAGCGCCAUCCACGUCGGCCGCGUGAGCGGCCGGGCCUCCACUGCGAAGAGGGCGGCGUGGCAGAGGCUGGGCACCGUGAGCACCACGCACGUCGAUCUCGGCAGCUACGCGGGGCCGACGAACGUCACGGGCAUCGUCACCCACGCGGGGAAGCAUGCCCUGGACUACAUCGACAGCGCAGCCAUGCUCGGGCUCGUGCUCCAGCGCCACCUGCCGGAGGUGCCCAGGUUCGCCAUCGUGAUCGAGGGGAUGAAGGACUGUUUCCAGGCCCAGCUGAGGAACGCGGGUUGGCACCUCGUCAUGGUCGAGGACUGGGGAGAGGAACACAUCGGCGGCAGCGCGGAUGCCAAAUUCUUCGGCCGUUGGGGAGACAGUUUUGAGAAGCUGAACGUCUGGCGGUUCCCGCUGGAUCGUGUGCUCUUCUUAGACUCUGACACCUACGUGUUCAGCGACAAGGUGCGCGAAAUUCUUGACACCAAGCUUGAGCCUGGCCAGAUCGGUAUGACCAAGGACGGGUGCAAGCCAGAGCACAACAGCGGCAUGAUGCUCUUCAAGCCGCAGCUUUCUGUUUACGACGACUUGCUUCGAAUGAUCGCCGAUCAAGGGUCUGCCGGCAACGGCCGAGAGAUUCUUGAUCAGACACUCGUGAAUAAAAAGUACGAGGGGAACAUCGUCACGAUGGAUUCGCGGUUCAAUUGUGUCGACUAUCAGGUCGACCCACGCUGCAAGCUGAGUUGCGGGCAGGACACUAUCGUCGCCCAUUUCACUGGCAACCCGAAGCCCACACGGGAAGGAGUUCCGCAUGUUAACCUCGUUCGGCACGGGAACAUUUCUGUUUGCCAGGGCACCAAUUUGGGUGGUUGCCAGCUCUGGUCUAGAUAUUAUUGCGACAUGAAGAAGAAUGCAAAUUACCUUAGCAAGCUGCUCAAACGGACCCUCAGUCAGACGGGCCAGUGCUUGUCGCCCGUUGCGUUGGCGGAGGAGGACGAGGCCGAGGAGAAGGCGAGGCAGGAAGAGGCCGAGCGCAAGGCGAAGACGGCGGCUGAGGCGACGGCGAAGGAGGCGACCGCGAAGCAGGAGGCCGAGGCGAAGGCGAAAGAGGAGGCCGAGGCGAAGGCGCGGCAGGAGGAGGCCGAGCGCAAGGCGAAGGCUGCGGCUGAGGCGAAGGCGACUGAAGAGGCCAAGCGCAAGACGAAGGAUGAGGCCGAGGCAAGGGCGCGGCAGGAAGAGGCAGAGCGCAAGGCGAAGGCUGCGGCCGAAGUGAAGGCGACCGAAGAGGCUGAGGCGAAGGCGAAGGAUGAGGCCGAAGCAAAGGCGCGGCAGGAAGAGGGCGAGCGCGAGGCGAAGGAGAAGGCUGAGCGCAAGGCCAGGGAGGAGUCUGUCGCAAAGGCGAAGGAGGAGACCGACCGCAAGGCGAAGGAAGAGGCUGAGGCGAAGGCGCGGCAGGAAGAGGUUGAAGCGAAAGCGAAAGUUGCGGCUGAGGCGAAGGCGAAGGAAGAGGUUGAGGUGAAGGCGCGGCAGGAGGAGGCUGAGCCAAAUGCGAAGGCUGCGGCUGAGGCGAAAGCGACUCAAGAGGCUGAGGCGAAGGCGAAGGAAGAGGCCGAGGCAAAGACGCAGCAAGAGGAGGCCGAGCGCAAGACGAAGGAAGAGGCUGAGAGCAAGGCGAAGGAGGAGGCUGAGGUCAAGGCGCGGCAGGAGGAGGCCGAGCGCAAGGCGAAGGAGGAGGCUGAGGCGAAGGCGCGGCAGGAGGAGGCUGAGGUGAAGGCGAAGAGAGAGGCUGAGCGCAAGGCGCGGAAGGAUGCUGAGGUGAAGGCCAUGGAGAGGAAGGCUCAGCGCAGGGCAAAGAGAGCGGCUGAGGCGAAGGCGCGGCAGGAAGAGGCUGAGGGAAAGGCGCAGGAGGCUGAUGCGAAGGCGAGGCAGGAGGAAGCCGAGCGCACGGCCAAGGAGGGAGCUGAGACGAAAGCAAAGGAGGAGGCUGAGGCGAAGGCGAGGCAGGAAGGGGCCGAGCGCAACGCGAAGGAGGCGGCAAAGGCGCAAGCCAAAGAGGGGGCUGAGCCGAAUGCGACGGAUGCAGCUCAAGCGACGGUGUUGCUGAGUUCUAGGACCGUUCUAAAUGAUACUGGUCUCCAUUACGAGGGAACUCUCAUGGAUAUCAGGAAGAAGCUGGAAGAUGCAAUGUCGGCUCUCCCGCAGAUUUCAGAGACCGCACCAGUACGCAGGGCUUUGCAGAUGCGGCUGGAUGAAAUCACCAAGAAGCAGCUGGAAGACUCCAUCGCGGCGCUCCCCGAUAUGCCCGAAGUUGAAAAAGCACGCAUCUCAUUGCAGGAGCAGCUGUUCGACGUGAACGCCCGCAUCCGGUAG